AUGGAAAAAACAGCAACACGUCUGCUGCGAAUUGAAAUCAAAGAUGUCGACGACAAUUUGCCAAUCUUUUCGGAAAUUCACAAUCCACUACCUUUGGUAUUUGUAAUUCAACCGGGUAAUACGGUCGUUGGAAGAUUGAAAGCGAUGGAUAUAGAUGAUGCACCGUAUAAUUCGACAUAUUAUUACAUGCUACCUAGUUGUUCAAAUCGAGAUGGAAUAUUUACUGUUGACAAACGAACUGGAGUCAUUUCGGUGACAAAUUCCAACGACCUCAAAUAUGAUGAAUAUCACUUGUGCGCUUUAGCCAGGCAGGUCCCAUAA